GCUCGCCAUUGGCCGCGUGCACGUGGCCUGAUCUCGCACCAUGGCAACGCCGCCCCGCGCCGCCGGCAGACACCGCGACGCGCCCGCCGCAGCGACCCGUCUCCAGUCCACCCCGUUCCCACCAGCGCGACGGACGCUCACGCGACAAUCCCGUCGGUCGAUAUUGCCGUACAACCUUAUUUAAUCCUGUGACAUAUUGCUUGCAGUAAGCUGUAACAUUACAAAGUGCUCCUCCCUAAAUACUUAACAAAUUCGUGAAAGAUGCCGAGCGUAGCGAACGGCCGCGGAGGCGCUGACGACGACGUGGUGCUGACGGGGCUGUCGGGCCGCCUGCCCGAGUCCAACAACAUCGAGGAGUUCGCGCAGCAGCUGUUUGACGGCGUGGACCUGGUCACCGCUGAUGACCGCCGCUGGACACCCGGAGUACACGGGCUGCCGGAGCGCAAUGGCAAACUCAAAGACCUGGCGCACUUCGACGCCACGUUCUUCGGCGUGCACGCCAAGCAGGCGCACCUCAUGGACCCGCAGCUGCGGCUGCUGCUCGAGCUCACGCACGAGGUCAUCGUCGACGCCGGCCUCAGCCCCGCCGAGCUGCGCGGCUCGCGCACCGGCGUCUACGUCGGCGUCUCCAACUCCGAGACCGAGGAGGUGUGGACCGCCGACGUCGACAAGAUCAACGGCUACGCGCUCACCGGCUGCUGCCGCGCCAUGUUCCCCAACCGGCUCUCAUACACCUUCGACUUGAAGGGACCCUCGUACGCGAUAGACACCGCCUGCUCCAGCUCCAUGUUCGCCCUCGCGCAAGCCGCCAGCGCUAUCCGCGCGGGACACUGCGACGCGGCUAUCGUCGCCGGCACUAACCUGUGUCUGAAGCCCGCCAACUCGCUGAACUUCCACAGACUGAGCAUGCUGUCGCCGGAAGGGCGCUGCGCGGCGUUCGACGCGAGCGGGCGCGGCUACGUGCGGUCGGAGGCGGCGGUGGCGGUGCUGCUGCAGCGGCGCGGCGCGGCGCGGCGCGUGUACUGCGCGGUGCGCGGCGCGCGCAUGAACACGGACGGCAACAAGGCGCAGGGCAUCACGUACCCGGACGGCCGCAUGCAGCGCCGUCUCGCGCAGGAGACCUUCGAGGAGGCGCGCCUGCGCCCGCAGGACGUCGUCUACGUCGAGGCGCACGGCACCGGCACCAAGGUCGGAGACCCCGAAGAGGUGAACGCGAUCGCGGACCUGUUCUGCAAGGACCGACAGACGCCACUGCUCCUCGGCUCCGUCAAGUCCAACAUGGGCCACUCCGAGCCCGCCUCCGGGCUCUGCUCCAUCGCCAAGAUGGUCGUGGCCAUGGAGAGCGGCGUCAUCCCCGGGAACCUGCACUUCAAGAGCCCCAACACUGACAUCCCUGCGCUCAGCGACGGCCGCAUUAAGGUCGUAGACAAAAACACCCCCUGGCAAGGAGGUCUAGUGGCCGUGAACUCGUUCGGGUUCGGCGGCGCCAACGCGCACAUCAUCCUCGAGUCCCAGAGCGGCAAGCGCCCCCCUCCCGCCGAGUACCCCGCGCCGCGUCUCGUGCUAGCCUCAGGAAGAACCGAUGAAGCAGUAGAAAAGAUGCUCAAGUUAGCCGCCGAGCACCAACGCGACGCUGAACUACACGGGUUGCUAGACGCUAUUCACGCGCAAGCUAUCCCCGGUCACCCUCGUCGCGGGUACGCCGUGUUAGACCCGGCGCGCGGCUCCGCACCCGUCAUCGAAGUUUUAGAAAGCGAGAGCGAGCCACGGCCUGUAUGGUUCGUGUUCAGCGGCAUGGGCUCCCAGUGGGCCGGCAUGGCUAAGACCCUGCUCAGACUGCCGACGUUCGCGGCGAGCAUCGCGCGCUCGGCGGCGGCGCUGAAGCCGCACGGGCUGGACCUGCAGACGGUGAUCACGGCGGCGCCGGACGCGGCGUUCGACAACGUGAUCAACUCGUUCGUGUCGAUCGCGGCCGUGCAGGUGGCGCUGGUGGACGUGCUGCGCGAGCUCGGCGUGCGCCCCGACGGCAUCAUCGGACACUCCGUCGGAGAAGUCGGCUGCGCGUACGCGGAUGAGACGCUGACGGGCGAGCAGGCGGUGCUGUGCGCGUACUGGCGCGGGCGCAGCAUCGUGGACGCCAAGCUGGCGCCGGGCGCCAUGGCCGCUGUGGGGCUCUCCUGGGAGGACGCCGCGCGCCGCUGUCCCGCCGACAUCGUGCCCGCCUGCCACAACUCCGCCGACAGCGUCACGAUCUCCGGGCCGCCGGCCUCCAUCGAGAAGUUCGUGGCGGAGCUGUCGGCGGAGGGCGUGUUCGCGCGCCGCGUCAACAGCUCGGGCGUGGCCUUCCACAGCAAGUACAUCGCCGCCGCCGCCACGCAGCUGCGCACCAGCUUGCUGCAGGUCAUCCCCAAGCCUAAACCGCGCACUGCGCGCUGGCUCUCAUCCUCCAUCCCUCAGGAUCAGUGGGGCUCGGAUCUUGCUAAAAUGAGCGACGCCGCGUACCACGUGAACAACCUGCUGUCGCCGGUGCGGUUCGCGUCGGUGCUGGCGCUGGUGCCCUCGCGCGCCGCGGUGGUGGAGGUGGCGCCGCACGCGCUGCUGCAGGCCGUGCUCAAGCGCGCGCUGCCCGACGCCGCGCACGUGCCGCUCGUGCGCCGCGACGCGCCCGACUGCCUGGUGCACCUGCUCAGUGCCGUGGGCAAGGCGUACGCGGCCGGCGCGCAACCACAGGUGGCGCGACUGUACCCGGCCGUGUCGUUCCCGGUGUCGCGCGGCACGCCCGCGCUGGCGUCGGCCGUGGGCUGGGACCACUCCAUCGAGUGGUCCGUGGCCGACUUCAAGCAGGCCAACAGGACCGGCGAGAACAUCAUCGAGUACGACCUCGGCAAGCCGGACGAGGCCUUCAUCGCCGGACACAACAUCGACGGGAGAAUCCUCUUCCCCGCCACUGGAUAUCUAACGCUAGUGUGGCGCACGGUGGCCAAGGUGCACAACCUGAAGAUCGAGGAGGCGCCGGUGGUGUUGGAGAACGUGCAGUUCCGGCGCGCCACCAUCGUGUCGCGCGACGCGCCGCUGCGCUUCCUCGUCACGCUGCUCGGCGGCACCGGCGACUUCGAGGUCUGCGAGGGCGGCGCCGUCGUCGUCACCGGCACCGCGCGUCUAACCGACGACCCGGCUUCGGAGCGACUGCCCGCCGCCGACCUCAUCGACCCGGAAGAAAAGCAAGAAGACCUCCCCGCUCUCGACUCCGAGGACAUCUACAAGGAACUCCGCCUCCGCGGCUACAACUACCAGGGCAUCUUCCAGGGGAUCAAAUCCUCGGACGGGCGCGGCAAGAACGGCCAGCUCAAGUGGGAGGACAACUGGAUCUCGUUCAUGGACACGAUGCUGCAGUUCGGCAUCAUCGGCGUCGACACUCGCGAGCUCUACUUGCCCACUCGUCUGCAACGCGCGUUGAUCGACCCGAUCGCGCAGCGUGAGGCCGCCGAGGCGGCCGCGCAGCAGACCGGCGGCACUAUUCCGAUCAAGCUGCACCGCAACGUGGACGUGACCGUGGCGGGUGGGGUAGAGUUCCGUGGCGUGAAGACGUCUCUGGCGCCUCGUCGCACCAACGCGCAGGCGGCGCCCAAGCUGGAGAAGUACGUGUGGGUGCCGCUGGACGGCGCGCGGGUGGGCACGGAGGACACGGGGCGCAGCAAGCGGCAGGCGCUGACGGCGGCGCUGCAGCUGGCGCUGGAGAACUGCAACGUGCUGAAGAUGAAGCUGGCCGAGCCCGCGCUGCAGCGCCCCGCCGAGGCGCUGCUGCUGCCGCACGCCAUGCAAGUCCUGGAAGCGGAGCCGGCGGUGCGCGUGGACGCGACGCUGGCGGCGGGCGCCGACGCGGCGCACUACAACGCCGCCAUGGAGCCGCUCGGCAUCAAGGUGACGAAGAAAGACGCCACCAGCGGUAUUGAAACCGACUGCCACGUAGUACUAGGAGCGGACGUGUUGUCGCGUCACGGCGCCGCGAUGCUGUCGGCUUUAGCCGCGGCCACCGGCCCGGCCGGCUUCGUGCUGCUGGAGGAGCCCGCGCGCGCCCUGGACGACGCCGCCGCGCAAGCUGUGCUCACGCAGGCUGGACUCACGCUGGUGUCCCGCGCGCGCGCCGCGUCCUGCGAGUACGUGCUCCUGCGCCGCGAGCCCGCCGUGCCGGCCACCAAGCUCACCAUCGAGGCGCGCGACGACGACUACGCGUGGGUCGAGACCCUCAAGGACGCCAUGAAGCGCGCCGAGACCGAGGACAUAAGAAUAUAUGUCUGGUCGCGCGACGCCGGCUCCGGCGUGCAAGGGCUCGCCACAUGUCUCCGACGCGAAGCGGGAGGAGACAAGGUCCGCAUGUACUACCUCCCGGGGGCCAAGGAGGCGUUCAGCCCCGACGCGGCGGCGUACAAGACGCAAGUGCAGAAGGACCUCGCCUUCAACGUGCUGCGCUCCGGCGUGUGGGGCUGCUUCCGCCAUCUGCUGCUCGACGACACCACCGAGGCGCAGCUGCAGGUGGAGCACGCGUACGUGAACACGCUGACCCGCGGCGACCUGUCCUCGCUGCGCUGGAUCGAGAGCGACCUGCGCCACGCGUCCUCCGCGCCGCCGCGGCCGCACACCGACCUGUGCCGCGUGUACUACGCGCCGCUCAACUUCCGGGACAUCAUGCUCGCCACCGGCAAGCUGCCGCCCGACGCGCUGCCCGGAGACCUCGCCGGACAGGAAUGUAUCCUCGGGCUGGAGUUCAGCGGGCGGUCGUCGAGCGGCAAGCGCGUGAUGGGCAUGGUGGCCGCCAAGGGGCUCGCCACCACCGUCAUGGCCGACGAGGGCUUCAUGUGGGAGGUGCCGAAGGAAUGGUCGCUAGAAGAGGCCGCGACUGUACCUGUAGCCUACGCCACCGCGUACUACGCUCUCUCUGUCCGUGGGCGCAUGCGUAAAGGAGAAGCCGUGCUCAUACACGCGGGUACCGGUGGUGUAGGUCAAGCGGCGAUCGCUAUAGCGCUACACGCCGGUUGCACCGUGUUCACGACAGUCGGAACCCCGGACAAGCGCGCAUUCCUCCGCGAGCGCUUCCCGCAACUACCCGAAGCCAACAUCGGCAACUCUCGCGACUGCUCGUUCGAGCAGCUGGUACUCCGCAGGACCCGCGGGCGCGGCGUGGACCUGGUGCUGAACUCGCUGGCGGGCGACAAGCUGCAGGCGUCGCUGCGCUGCCUGGCGGUGGGCGGGCGCUUCCUGGAGAUCGGCAAGCUGGACCUGAGCGCCAACAGCGCGCUGGGCAUGGCCGUGCUGCUGAAGAACACCACGGUGCACGGCAUCCUGCUGGACGCGCUGUUCGACGCGCGCGGCGACCACCCCGAGAAGGCGGAGGUCGUGCGGUGUGUGACGGAGGGCAUGCGCGCCGGCGCCGUGCGCCCGCUGCCCGCCACCGUCUACGCCGACUCGCAGCUCGAGCAGGCCUUCCGGUUCAUGGCGACAGGCAAGCACAUCGGCAAGGUGCUGAUCCGCGUGCGCGAGGAGGAGGCCGGCAACAAGCCCGCGCCCGCCCGGCUGCUGUCCGCCAUGCCGCGCACUUACAUGCACCCCGCCAAGAGCUACGUGCUCGUCGGUGGUCUGGGCGGCUUCGGUCUGGAGCUAGGCGAGUGGCUCGUCAAGAACGGCGCGCGCACGCUCGUCUUCAACUCGCGCAGUGGCGUGCGUACUGGCUACCAAGCUUGGUGCAUCCGCAGAUGGCGCGAGAAGGGCAUCAAAGUGCUGGUGUCGACCGCCGACGCCACCACGGAAGCCGGCGCCCGCGCGCUCCUGAAGGAGGCCGCGGCCGCCGCGCCGGUCGGGGGCAUCUUCAACCUGGCCGCCGUGCUGCGGGACGCCUUCCUGGAGAACCAGACCCCGGAGGACUUCCGCAUCUGCGCUAAACCUAAGAUUGACGGUACCCGCGCGCUGGACGUGGCGUCCCGCGAGCUGGCGCCCGAGCUGGAGCACUUCGUGGCGUUCUCGUCCGUGUCGUGCGGGCGCGGCAACGCCGGCCAGACCAACUACGGGCUCGCCAACAGCGCCAUGGAGCGCCUGUGCGAGCGCCGCCAGGCCCACGGGCUCCCGGCGCUCGCCGUGCAGUGGGGCGCCAUCGGCGACGUGGGGCUCAUCAUGACGGCCAUGCACGGCAGCGAGGACACGGAGGUGGGAGGCACCAUGCCGCAGCGCAUCGCCAGCUGUCUGACCACGCUGGGCACGCUGCUGGCGCUGCCGCACGCGGUGGCCUCCUCGGUCGUGUUGGCCGACAAGAGGAGAGCGCAGGACAAGCCUACGCAGGACCUCGUGCAGGCUGUGGCUAAUAUCCUUGGCAUCAAGGACCCGAGCAAGGUCUCCGAAACCGCGAACCUGGCCGAACUCGGCAUGGACUCCCUCAUGGGCGCCGAGAUCAAGCAGACGCUCGAGCGCGGCUACGACGUCCUCCUGGGCGUGCAAGAGAUCCGCGCGCUCACGUUCGCCAAGCUGCGCGACAUGGGCGGCGACUCCGGCGCCGCGGAGCCCCCGGCCGGCGGCGCCCCGGCCCCCACAGACGAGCUGGUGCAGUUCGCGAGCUUCGGCGAGCUCAUGCCCAAGCAGGUGCUCGUCAAGCUGCCGUCGCAGCCGCCCGCCAGCGCCGACGACAAGCCGAUAUUCAUGGUGCACCCGAUCGAAGGCGUGGUGGACCUGCUGCGCGGCGUGGCGGCCAACGUGAAGGGCACGGUGUACGGGCUGCAGUGCGCCGCGUCCGCGCCGCUCGACGACAUGGCGGCGCUCGCGCGCUUCUACGUCAAGCACGUGCGCACCGCGCAACCGCAACCCCCCUACACUUUGCUAGGCUACUCCUUCGGCGCCGGCGUGGCUUUCGAGAUGGCGUUACAGCUGGAGAAGGAAGGCUGUGCGACGCGCCUGGUGCUCGUGGACGGGUCGCCGGCGUUCGUGGCGACGCACACGACGCGCGGCAAGAAGAAGCGCACCGCGCGGACGCCGCAGUCGGAUGAAGCUGACGCGUUGGCGUACUUCGCGCAGGUCUUCCAGGACCUCGACGCGGCUAAGGUGGCCGGAGAGCUGGAGAAGCUGCCGAGCUGGGAGGCGCGCGUGGGGCGCGUGACGGAGCUCAUCGUGGCGGGCGGCGCGCGCGCGGCGCCGGACGCGCUGCGCGGCGCCGCGCACAGCUUCUACCGCAAGCUCGUGCUCGGCGACCGCUACAAGCCCUCCGCCCGUCUGCGCGCGCCCGUCACGCUCUUCAAGGCGCGCGACAACUACGUGGCGCUCGACGACGACUACGGCCUCCAGGCGGUCUGCGCCGGCGACCUCACCACCGCGCAGCUGGCCGGCACGCACCGCACCAUCCUCGCCGGCGACGCCGCCGCGCACAUCGCCGCCUACGUCUCCGACCUGCUCGCCCAGCACUAGCCCCCCGUGUCCCCCGCUCCCGUGUCGCUCACGGUCGGAGCGACGGACUCGGACUUUUAUAGAAUAUUUAAUUUAACGAUCUUGUGACCCAAGAUUAGACGUAGUGUAAAUAUUACCGGAUUUCGCGAAUCUCUUUGAGAGUCUUUUUUAUAAUUGGUGAACUUUUAUCGCUCGAGACGAGCGCGGCGGCGCCCGCGGCUUCUAUACGAAGCGCGGGCGCCCCUUUAUCUUCUACUUGACAGGUAUUUUUUGUAAGCCUCUCUAUUUAGUACCUCGGGGUAUAUUUAGUACAUAUUUACAUGUGUCCAUGUAAAAUAGUUAGUUUUAUAAGUGAUUGUAUUUAUUUGGUCCGUUACUCGAAUGUCUAAACUUUUCUUAUAACAAAAUUUCAACACUGAAUUCAUUACGAUGUAAUAUGAAACCAAAGAUAUAAAAGCACUAAAAUAGAUCUGCCGUAAUGAUACAACACUAUUAAGAUGUGAUGUUAUUUAUUUAUAUUGGGCGUAUAUAGUUAAUAUAAUCAUGAGUCAAAUACUUGUACAUUCCUAAUGCAGACGGCCUGAUUAUGCUAGUUUACGAGAAAGCUAAGCUAAAUGUCUGUUACUCGGGUUUGACUCGGUAAUGGAGGGUUCAAAAAUACACGCUUUAAGCUAGAAACAUUAUAAAAUGUGUAAGAACGGAUAAAAAAAGACCGCUUCGUAAAAAUAAUUCAUACAUUUUUUUAAAUUGUAAAUGUGAUGCAAACUUACGUUUUGUAACGAAUUUUUGAGUUUCGAACAAGAAUUAUAAAUAAUUUCAAGUCCAAAACUGGGUGUAAGACAGCUGUGAUGUUUGUAGCUUAGAUCAGGCCGCUGCAGCGCCGGGCGCGCUCCGCGAGCGACCCCGGCGAUAGUCUAAGGUAGCGCUAAGUAGUUCCUGUGUAUAAGUAUGGUUGUUGUGCUAAUUUAUUUUGUUACUGACUUGGCGCAAGCGCUCUGUGAUUAAACGUGCAUUAUUUUUCA